AUGAAUAAUAAGAAUGACUCAUCAUUGCGAGAACAUAAUAAAAAAACAAAACUAAGGCAAGCCAAAGAGAUACUGCUCCCUUACAUGCAAACUAUAUCUUCAAAGUUCAAGACUCCUACAAACCGAGGCAGAGCUGUUAUAGCAAUAUCACAAUCUCCUCGACACUUAAAGUUCAUUCCUACUCGUUUCCUGCUAGAUUCCAGCAAACUUCACAAAAGAGUUAUAAGCUCUAUUCCUUCCACAGCUGCAAACUCUAUCCAGAUUGUAUCCAUUGACCAUAUAGCUGAUGCGAAACCUUCACACAUUUCAGAAUUAAAGCAAAUGCAUCGCACAGACUCUCAGAAAAAUGCAAGAAAUACUAUCAAAACGCCGUCUACAAUAAGAAACGAGUCUCCUAUAAGUCCAGAUAUUGUUGACGAGAGCCUUGCUUCAUAUUAUAACCUAGAUUUAUGCUAUUCACAGCUGGGGAAUUAUGGGACAAAUGAAAGAUUUUCUUCUACAAGUCCAAUGCCUUAUGCUAUGACUCCUGACUCUAGAAGCUAUUUUAACAGAUCUUUAAGGGUUUCUCCUGUUGAACAGAGAAGAGUGACCUAUUUUUCUAAAGAUGAAGAACUACAACCUAUUUUAAGCGAAACCCCUGUUAUUCCGACCAAAAGAGAAAUAAAGGAAAAAGCGCUGCCUGUUAUAACAAAACAAAAAAAUAUUUUAUUUAAAGAUGUGGCUCGACCUAAGAUAGCUGACAUUCCUUUUACUCGGCAAGCAAUUGAUAUUGCCAGCAAAGCUCGAAACAGGGUAAACCAGUUUCUAAAGAAAACAAGUCUUUCGCCCCGAUUAAAAAAAGGUAUUAAAUAA